AGUGCACACUGAUGGAACAUCCGCUCGAACGCAAACGUUUUCAUUUGAGCUGCAGAACGUCAGAUGGAACGUUUGACUUCGUGGCACAGAAACAGAAGAUUCGUGUGCCGAUCCUCCCUCGAAUCCUCUUCAGCUCUUUGAAAGUCGCCGAGGUUCACAUGAAUUAUUAUUGAACUGAAGUGAAAGGUUUUCCUCCUCCUUCACGGCCUCGCCGAAACAGAAAACUGAAGAUGUUUCGUAUUUUUCAUUAUGUCAUUUCACUGCAGUUUGCAGGAAGACACUCAGUUAAAGCUGGACUCCACUUGGACAGAUUUUUAGCUGUCCGAGGCUCAAAUCUUCCCUCCUGUUUCAAGCUGGACUCUUCUGAGUUCACUCAGCACAUUAAAUAUUUGGCGUGAACAGCGUUUGACUGCACGCUGAGGAAGCACACACACACCUUCAUCCUCCCGUUUCAUCCCGCCAUCAUCCCCAUCGUUUUCUGGGACGCCCACAAACCAACUGUUUCUACCUCGUCCUCGUCCGCGUCCGCGUCCUCGGCCCCUGCAGGGCUGAAACAAUCUGCUGAGCGUGAAUAGGAAUGAAUUUUUCAGCGUGAUGAGGAGACUCUCGCCUCCUCCUCCUCGCCGCCUGCGGGACAGCACAUAAAAGCUGUUUACCGUUGGAGAAACCACAAACGGGAGCUGAAAGACGUCCCGUCCCUUUUGUCUUCUGUUUCAUGGCUGACUGAGUGUGAGCACAAAAACAUCUACAGACGAGCCUUUUGCUUUUGUUCAGAGUGACAGACGAAACAACAGGAGGCGAACUCUGAACAUCCAGCAGCGUGUCGAGAGGUCUGAGGAAGCUUUUGUAAACUUCAUGAAGCACAUUUGGGGAUUUUGUUCUGAGCGAACACAACAGCAACCCAAAGCUGACUGAAAAUCCACUGACGCACCACAGACGACACUCGCUUUUAUAUCUGUGAGGUGAACCAGGAGAACAGCAGACUUGUCUCGUCGCUUGUCCCGUCUGUGAUGCGUUUGGACUGACUUCUCUGAGGAUUUAUUGUCAGAAUUCACGACAAAUGAAGCAUCAGUUUUUUAAUGUUUUGUGUGGGUCAAAGGUCAGAAGCUGAUAAACGAGACAACAGACAGCGAAGAGGAGGUCACGGGUCAGACGGACGAGUGAGAGACGAGAGGACGAGUCAGACGCCAUCAUGGGCUGCAACAUGUGUGUGGUCAGACGGCCGGAGGAGCAGUACAGGAUCAUGUUCCAGCAAAAAGGCUGGAGUGACUCCCUGCGGCCGAUGGACAGACAUGGAAAGGUCAGAGGACGGAGGCCCUCUCAGCUCCCACUAGACAGACCACAAAACUCCCAGGAGUCUUUGCAGCGUCCCGGGUCGGUCCGGAAGAGUCACAGGAGGAAAGGUACGUUAGUGUGCAGCGGUAACGGCACCAGCAGCAGCUCCUUCUACUCUGUUGCCAUGGUGGCGAUCCCGGACUGUGUCGACAACGCCACGCAGACGGACAUCAGCUUCCAGAACAUCGUGACGCUGGGGAAGAGCAGAGGUCACCACCACCACCACCAGGGCCGAGGAGGGGGAUCCUCCUCCCCUCCACCCUCUCCUCCCGUCCCUCACCUCGUGGGAUCGUACGGGAUAAAUCAGUUCUUUGUCUUUGAGUACAACGACUCUGAUGACUACUUUGACGUCUCAAACCACGAGGUGGACAGACAGGACGACUUGGAGUACGAGCAGGUGGAGCUGUACAAGUCCAGUCAGCAAGAGAAGCUGGGCCUGACCGUCUGCUACAGGACGGACGACGAGGAGGAUCUCGGGAUUUAUGUUGGAGAGGUUAACCCAAACAGCAUAGCAGCAAAGAACGGACGCAUCAGAGAGGGUGACCGGAUACUACAGAUCAAUGGAGUGGAUAUUCAGAACAGAGAGGAAGCCGUGGCCAUUUUGACCAGAGAGGACAGCAUCAACUUCUCACUGCUGCUGGCCAGGCCGGACAUAGAGACUGAAAACCCUGCUGAUCCAGAGGGGGACCUGGAGCUGACUCUGGAAGGAGGAGGCUUCCACCCAAACCCUCGAGCCUCCUCCUGCUCCCUCACUUCCUCUCACCACUCUGGGUAUUAUCGCCACUGCCAGGGGGGAGAAAGAGGAGGAGGAUGUAGAGAAGGUGCAGGGGGUGAUGUGGAUGUGGAAGAGGAAGAGGAUGAGGAUGAGGAUGGGGAGGAAGGAGAGAGAGGAGAGAAGGAGGACAGAGACCCACCCGUACCCCUCCCUCCUGUCCUGAGCCUGGCUCCUCUGCUGUCCAACAGCCAGGAGCUGGACAGCGGAGUGGGCCGGACCGACGACAGCACCCGCUACGAGGAGUCGUCCGAACACGACCUGCUGGGCGAUCAGACCAGUGCAUGCAACACCAACACCACCAACACACCGGGCAGCACCAGGAAGUUCAGACCGGGACCCAGCCCCAGACCCAGUCCCAGACCCAGUCCUGGGCUCGGCCCCAGUCCGGGGCACGGCCGAGGCGACACCACCCCUCCUUUCCUCCACCUGCGAGACUUCCAGCUCAGCUCCGACUCUCUUCCUGGCUUGGACUGGGCAGCUGGAGGAGGAACGGGAGGAGCAGUAUACAGCCCUCCCCACCACCACCACAGGCACUACCACCACCAUCACCAUCAGCCUCCUCUGACGAUGAUGAUGCCAGGUCUGACGGAGGAGGAGUGCCAGCGGUACCAGGAGCUGCUGGAAAUCAAGUGCCAGUAUGAGAGACAUCACGAAAAACAGCAAAGAGAAGCAGUGAAAAUCGAAUGUGGUGACAUCGAAGCAGAAGAGAAAGACCAGGAAGAGAGACAAGAGGCAGAGAACGAGGGAGAGGCCGACGGUGCUUUGUCCUCUUCGGCGGUGGACGUGAACUGCAAUGCGACUUUAAGCGAGCACGAGAUGGCGCUGCUCGAGGAGGAGUUACGCCACCUGGAGUUCAAGUGCCGCAACAUUCUUCGAGCGCAGAAGAUGCAGCAGCUCAGAGAGAGAUGUCUGAAAGCCUGGAUGAUGGAGGAGGAGGCGGUGGCAGCCGAAGCGGGGCGACCAGGCCCUCCAGGAGAAGGUCUGGAUGAUGAUAACGGCGACGAUGACGACCCUCAUCAUCACGAGCUGUCGGCCAUCAACGAGCUCCCGGAGCGAGAACGGGCGGACGACAAAGACAGCUCCAGCGCCUACAACACCGGAGGAGAAAGCUGCCGCAGUACGCCAUUGGUCAGCACAGAGCAGAUCCCACCUGUCCAGGAAGAGGAAGAUGAAGGAGGGAGACGACUGAUGUCUCCGCCUCCUCUCCUCCCCCUUGGUCGCCUUCCCCCUCUGAACUCCCACCUCACCCCACGGCGUCACAGACGGGGCCGAGACAGAGAGAGACGCCACUCGAACCUCAGCUGUUCUUUCUCCCCCAACACUUACAGGAAGUACGAAACAGCCAAUGGCAACGUGGCAAACGGCUCAAGCUCCACCCCCUCCACGCCCUCCAAAUUCAGGUCUCUGACCAGAGAAGCGGGCUCAUCUUCAAGAAGGGGUGUGGCUGAUGGAGGGUGGGGCUCCAGAGCAGGUGGCGUCACCGAGAGGCCAGGAGGUGGAAGUGCAGAGUCCAGUCCCUAUUUUACCAGAAGACACCACAGCCACAACAAACCAUUGGAGCGCUACCAGAGCUGCAUGAGCCUUCCCUCUGAGGGCCUGGUGGACCCACAGGACCGAGUGAGAGACAGAGUGAGGGCCGAGGGUGAAGAGAGAGGGAUGGGCACAGGCAGCAGUGGCCCAGCCAGCCCCAGGAGCGUGAAUAGCGCCCCCUGUGCUCUGGAGGACCACAACACAGGCGCCUUGCAAUUAGGACUGGCCUUACCGCUUGGGCUGACACAGUCAUCGCCAACUGCAGCACCACAACGCAUGGAGUGGAAGGUGAAGAUCCGGAGCGAUGGCACUCGCUACGUGGCCAAGCGGCCGGUCAGGGAUCGUCUCCUGAAGGCCAGAGCCAUGAAGAUCAGAGAGGAACGCAGCGGCAUGACGACCGACGACGACGCCGCCAGUGAGAUGAAACAGGGCCGAUACUGGAGCAAAGAGGAGAGGAAGCAGCAGCUGCUGAGAGCCAGAGAAUAUCGACGGAGAAGAGAGUUCAUGAUGCAGAGCCGCCUGGACUACCUCAGAGGAGACAAGGAUGCCACAUCAUCAACAGGGGGCGCCGACAACCCCCAUCCAUCCCCCAGCAACAACAUCCUGUUACUGAGCCAGAAGAAGAUCAUGAAGAAGAGGAAUCGCCGCAUCCUUGACAACUGGAUCACCAUCCAGGAGCUGCUGGCUCACGGCUCGAGGUCGCCCGACGGAAAGAAAAUCUACAACCCUCUGCUGUCUGUGACAACGGUGUGAAGACAGAGAGGACAGAGAGGACAGAGAGGAGACAAGCAGGAAGAAACUGAUAACACAAACAUGGAACAAGUAGACCAGAGCUUCAGAUUUCUCCCAGCUGUUGGAGAACGGGAGAAUUUGGAGAAAGGGUAGAUGGA